UUGAUCUCGUCGUACUUGAAAUUCCUCUUCGCCUUCACGUUCCGGACCACCGAUUUCGCUGUAUCACAUAAUCCGCACGGACUCCUGGUGAAGAAGGUGAUCCGACACUGCAGCAGCCUGGACGUCGCGCGAUACAUCUUCGAACCACAACAGCGUCGGUGAAUAUGCAGCACAAGACAAGCCUCGGAGAUGAUUGGUGAAAGGGGGAGUGCAAGUAGGCAGCUCACCGCCUGCAGAAAGCCUUCUUUUCUGCCGCGCUCGGACCCUAUGACAUGCCCGCUACUCCGCGACUUCCAGAAUAUUCGGCCGCUGGGAGAAAUCGCCAGGCACAAACACGCGACUCAAUCAGACCGUAUUCCUCCGCUCGUUCAGCUUGCUCGACAUCGUUAUACUGCUCUGACAGCCGGGUUGAGCUAUGGCGAAGAAGUGCGUGCACAAAGGCUGCGGCAAAGAGUAUGAGGAUGAGAACGAGGAGUGCGUGUACCAUCCCGGUCCACCAGUCUUCCACGAGGGACAGAAAGGCUGGAAAUGCUGCAAACCCCGCGUCCUCACCUUCGACGAGUUCCUCAACAUCGAGCCCUGCACCAUAGGCAAACACUCCGAAGUCGACGACACACCUCAACCCGAAAAGGUCGAAGCACCCGACAUCCCCAACGAUACAAAUGUCUCGCUCGGCAGCUUAGAGGCUUCGCUUCCGGCGCCUGUUCCCCGCCUUCCCACACAAGCGGCCGUCGAGCGACCCGCAGCCUCACCCGCGCCGCCCGAAUCCGAGGAUGACGAUCCGAGUCUGGAGCUCAAGGAAGGUAUGUCAUGUAGGCGGCGCGGAUGCGGGGAAAUGUAUACGGGUGGGCCGAGAGAAGACGAGAAGUGCGUUCAUCAUCCCGGCGCACCCAUCUUCCACGAGGGGUCGAAGGGUUGGAGUUGCUGCAAGAGGAGGGUGCUGGAGUUUGACCAGUUCAUGAAUAUAGAAGGAUGCAGGACGAAGGAUCGGCAUCUGUUCGUGGGCAGUGGGAAGAAGGCGUCAGAGGAGAAGCUGGAAACCGUGAGGCACGACUACUACCAAACCGCAACCUCCGUAAUCGCUUCGCUCUAUCUCAAGAAAAUCGAUAAAGAGACUGCGACCGUCGAGUUCCACUCCGAACACGUCAACCUCGACCUGCGGACGACGGACAGCAAGCGCUACGCAGCCGACUUCCCACUAUUCGGGUCUAUUAAGCCCAACGAGAGCAAGUACAGGAUUCUGGGUACGAAGCUGGAGUUGACGCUGGCGAAGGCUGAUGCUACAACCUGGCCGGUGUUGAGAUCAGACGAUAAGCUCACGGGUGAGAUGAUCCAGGUUGGGAGGGCAGGUCGGGUAUGAAGACCUUGACAUCGCAUCCGGAGCGAAGGGUGGUUGGAUGUAGUUCAAGAUACCAUUUCAAAACAAGAAUCCAUUUCCAUGACUUCACGUUUGCUAUGUUCGGCUCUACCUCUAAUUCGAGAGGCAGCAACACAAUCUUCCUUCGCCCGGCGCAAGUGAGGGCAACAUAGCUUGGGUUUGUUCCUGCAUGCUUCUAAACUACGGACGAACCUCUCUAUUUGGCGGUGGAUAGAGAAAUGGCCACCACUUCGACCGCAGAGCAGAUGAACACUAUCAAGACCUCCUGUCGUCUACAUGGCCCUGUAUGAUAGGGCUUGCAGACCUGACUUACAUGAUUUGAUCGAAGACGGGCAAUGAAAUGAAGCGCAUUUCCAACCCCUUCGCACUUCAGCGUAGAGACUCUCUACCCUGAAAGACCCCAGUGUUAGGCAUCCGCCAAC